UAUUGAAUCGCUUUCGAUGCCUGCCCAAAGCCAUAGCACCGAGAAGUGCGCGUAUUUUCUCUGUGACAAGAAACCGUUGGAAAAAUGUGUGCGUAGUGAAAUAUCCUUCCUCGCGUAAUCGUAUGUGUCGGUAGUCCGUGCGAAGUUAGUCCAAUCAAUUUUGACGUAUUUUCUAAAAAAUUAACAAAACACCAUGGAUAAGAGAAAAAUGUCCACUUCUGGGGAUUCCCUGUAUCAAAUUUUGGAUAUCCCUAAGACAGCAACGCCUGAAGAAAUAAAGAAAACUUACAGAAAACUAGCGCUUAAAUAUCAUCCUGAUAAAAAUCCAAAUAAUCCUGAAGCGGCAGAAAAGUUUAAGGAAAUAAAUAGAGCGCACACCAUAUUAACGGAUUUAACAAAACGCAAUAUAUACGAUAACUAUGGAUCUCUUGGCUUAUACGUUGCCGAGCAAUUUGGAGAAGAAAAUGUUAACGCUUACUUUGUUGUAACUUCAGGAUGGUGCAAAGCACUACUUGUAUUGUGUGCAAUAAUCACCGCUUGUUACUGUUGUGCCUGUUGUUGUUGUUGCUGCAACUGCUGUUGUGGGAAAUGCAAACAGGCACCUCCUGAAGACAGUGGUACAUACCAUAAUUUACAGCGGGACCAGAAUCCGGAAGUCGAUGUUGUGACAAGUCAACCCUUAAAGUUCUCAAAGGAGGAAGAAAGUGACGAAGAACCAGUGACCGUUCAACCUCAGGGUGGCGCAUCGCAGGGUGCAACUUCUAAUCCCCAACAAGUUUUUGCCAUGCCACCACCUCCAUCUUCAGCACCAGCGAACGAGAGUACGAACUUGAACAGUGGCGGAGAUCGUGUGAUUUAUACUACCGCUGCUUCGACGAAUCCUUUCAUAGCAUCAACAACUGGAGUAAGCAGUGGUACAGGACCAACUAAAUGGUAGUCAUCCAUUGACUAAGAGAAAGAAAACUACUGACUAAUAGCUACAUUUCGAUAGAUCAUGAUGAUGAUGAUGAUGAUGAUGAUGAUGAUAAAUAAUCUCUUUCCUAACGAUUAAAGUCACAGACACUUGCGUACUUAAUCAAAUCGUCCGUGAUGGAAUUAUUAUGUGCUUCUUCUUCUUCUAAUUACUAUUACAAUACACAACACACAACUCUUUUCGCUUUUCUUUCUCUAGAUUCUAAACGCUCGUGCUUUUUUCGAGAAUUGAAAAAAGAAAAGAGAGAAACAAAAAAAAGAAAACAAAAAAUAAUAAUAAUAUUAAGCACUUAAGUCGUUCUUCCCUUACAUCGCACUUCCUUUAUGUGUAUUACUUAAUUAAUUCAUUUAUUAAUUAUUAUUGUUAGCGAAUAUAAUAUAACUCAUUUCUCUAAUCUUGAAGCAAAGAAAGAAAUCGUAUUAAACGUCGUUCUUUUAUGUUAUCAUUUCAAGAUAGUAAAUUUAUUAUAAAUUACAACAUUGUCUAAUUAAAUUUGCAUUUUUGGUGGACUUACAAACGAAAAAAGAAAAGAAAAGAAAUAUUUUCAAGAUUGAAAUAAUGUAAUUGUUCUCAACAUACUCUAUUCGUUCUCUUUUGUCUAACGAUAAAAAAAAACUCUACCAAUCAACAUGUCAGAGAAAUGUUAAAAGUUCUUUUACGUUAUUCAUGAGAAUGCUUAGAAGAUAAAUCAAAGUGAUUAGGAUUAAGGAGAGGAAGAAAUAAAUUAAAAAAGAAAAAGGAAAGCAAACGAACAAGUGAAAAUAAUUACAAAAAAAAGGAAAUAAAUAUAAUUAAAAAAUUAACGAAUUUGCAAAGUUCACUAUAUACGAUGUCGCAACGAUAUGAUACAAAAACUAAAACAUAAAAAAUCUCGGGAUCGUUGUAAUCUACUAUGUUUUAUGUACUGUUGAACGGUGCAUUCCAUUUAUUUUUAAGAGUUUAACCUUAUAAAUCCUUCGAGUUAUUUAUGUACGAUAUACAUAUAUACGAAAUAAUAAAAAAUAAAAUAAAAUAAAAAAGAACGAAAUAUCCUAAUAAGGCUCUUAAAGCUACGAGGAGAGAUUGUUUGAAAGAAUGAUUAGAUUAAAACGAUGAAAAAAUUCGUGCUAACGAUAUAACAAAAACAACAAUGUCACAAAACAUUUACGCACGUGUUUAGCUUAUAUACAUAAAUACAAACAUACAUACUUCAAAAACUCAUAAACUCGAUAUUAAGUCAAUUCAUUUGAUUCAUAUAUUCAUUCAUUAAGGUUACCCGAUAUAUAAACAAAAAAACAAAAAGAAUGAUAAUCAAUAAGAAUUCUUAGAGAAUCAUAUUCCAUUUGAUGUAUGUAUGUGAUUAUAAAAUGAUGUGUAAAAAAAAAUAAAAAAAUAAAAAAAAAAAUAAUAAAAAUAAAAAA